UUCUGCUAGUCAUUUUGUUCUUCAUAAAAACAACUCAAUGAUUUAAAAAUAUACUGAUAACGAUUGAUUUUCCUCAAUAAUGAUAUUCUAAUUACAGUGUUAUUAUCAAAACACAAAGCUUAAAGAUAACCUGGAGUGAUUACUGUCACAUGAUCAUCCAUCACAGACACUUAGGCCUUUUCGAACAUAGUCAGAUUUCUAUCUAUCUGCAUGCACACUUCAUGCAAUCGGUUUUACCUUCUAGGUAUACAUCGCAUCCCAAGGAUCAUAAAAAAUAUCAAUAUGACUGUGAUAAAGAUAAUUUAGUAACAUAAUGAAAUGCAAUAAAAUUCAUUGACAUCCUUAGGACUUUUGGCACGUGCAAUAACUGCACUCGGUAUUUUAUAACGAUAAUAUUUUUGGAUUAAUGCAUUACAGUAUUUCAAUAGCCUCCUAUGCUUUGGUAUUUUGAUCAAAAUCUUGACACAAACAUAUGUGGACGAACGCUUUAAAAAUAAGUAGUAGGCAUUAGUUGUGACGGGGAGACAUUUAAAGUUAUUUUUUUUUUUCAGACCUUUAAAAUAUUUAAAGAAACCCUAAUAACCUGAAAUAACAUUAGUACAGCGCAUGAUAAUGAUAAAAUUAAAUAUCAAUAUGACAAUAAGACACAUAAUCCGAUAUGAUAGAUGAAGGCGUUAACAGCGGUAGUUAAUAGUUUCUUUUUAUCAGCAAUAAAUUCAAUAAAACUCUUUCUUAAAAAAAUACACCAACUUACAAAACACAAAGAAGAAAUAAACAUUCAUGGUUCUGAACACUUAAAAAAAUUACCAAAAUUCGAUACCAAAGUAAGAGAACAAUAGCAAUCACAAAGGUCACAAAUGUGUUUAUAAACUCUGAUAUAAUCCGAGUAGUGUUAUAACUGCCAGAAAAACUAUGCGCUCUGAUAAUGUAAAGCUUGACAAAAGACAUACCUAGGCUACUUUUAUCCACGUGAAGUAAGAACCUACCUCGGAACACGGGUAAAACCGCUUUAAACUGCUAGUGAAAAAUAAAUUCGGAAUCUAAGUGCAAUAAAGAGACAUCAAAAGUCUGUAAAUAUUUAUUAAUUAGAUAAGAUAGUGAUAUUUACUAUGCUGGAGGUAAACAUACAAGUACUUGCCGUGUUCCAAGAAACAUCAAGAUGGAAGAUCCUCAAAAAGAUCAGAAAAAAGAAGUAGAUAUUGAAACGUCUAAACCUGAGCAAAAGUCUAAAGUUGAACUAGAUGAUAUACUAAUACAAGAGAUUGGUCAGUUUGGGAAGUAUCAGUUGAAAAGUUUCUUAUUGGCUGUGUUAUUAGUGAUAUUCAUUGCAUUCAGUGCCGUGGAAUAUAUUUUUACUACUGCGAGAAUAAGUACAAGGUAAGAGCUUUUGAAUUUUAUCUUAAUCGCAAGGUCAAUGAUCCCACCAAGGCCAAGGCCUGCGGAAUUGUACGAGAGAGUAACCGUAGUCCUGGUACAUAUAGGGCUUAAUGAAUAAGGGAAUGAAUGCUCACGCUGCUAACCAGAGGGGAGGGGUCAUUUGACGAUUUCACAUAAAUAAUAAUCUUCACUGCGAAGCGUGAAAUUUAGAUUUUGGUCUCUAGCUUAAUAAGUGUUUUGCAUCAAGGUCUGAGAGAGACCUCGUUACCGUUUGGAUAUUCUAGGUAUUUUAUCUAUUUCAGAUGUCUGAUACCAGAGUGCGAGAGUGAGCCAACGGAAUUCUCCCCGUACUGGUUGCCAAAUGCAGUUCCAUCAGGGUCUAGUUCAGGUUCUUUUGACAACUGCCAGCGUUUUGGCAAUACGUCAGCAGUCUUUACCGUAGCCAGCAGAUUGGUAGAAAGCAAUACCUGCCCCAGUAAUCUUUUUGACCGCAAUGUACAGCGACCAUGUGACAGUUAUGUGUAUCAAAACACACAUUCCGUCGUGUAUGAUGUGAGUCUGAAACCUUUUAUUAUCCAAGUAAAUCAAAACAUCCAUCUUGAUAGAUUUACUUUCAAAUACUAAAGCGUAACUUCAAGUCUUACUUAAAAGUCUUUCUGUCGCAGCAAUAGAGGUAUGUAUAUAUAUAUAUAUAUAUGUAUAGAAUCAUAAUUCUCAAGCAUACUUUAGCAGUCUGAAUUUUCUUUGAAGCUUUGAUCAACGGCCUUUUAAUUUUUUUCUUAGUUGGACCUUGCUUGCGACGAAUGGCGUAGAUCCUUGAUUGGCACCAUUCGAAUCUUCGGCACAUUAACUGCUCUGCCCAUCAUCGGCUUCAUAUCUGACCGUUGGGGGCGAAAGGUUGCGCUCACCAUCAGUGCCUUCAAUACAGCUUGGAUAGGUGUCACGAGGUACUGGGCUGACACUUACAUCGGGUUUAUGCUGUCAGAGUUCUUUGAAGCCACAUUCGGGUCUGGUGGAUUCUCCUGUGUAUAUAUUUUGAGUGAGUAUCAGAAACUUUGAAGAUUUUAUCCAGUGUUCAGAUUACAUAGAUAGAGAUAUUUAAAAUAAUACUUUUCAUGCUUUCUUUAUUAGAGCACUAAUUAAUUGAUAGCGUUAGCCAAUUGUCGUUGGACUUUGAACCAAAGGUUAGAGGUAAAGUUUUAUAAAAAUUAUCUUUGCACGUGCUCAAAAAUAUUUUAUAAACAUAUAGUAAACUAUUUAUCAAUAAUACGUUGCAGUAGUCAUAAACUUUAAUCUUUGAUAAGAUACGUGCUUUAUUUUGUUUGAUAUUGAGGUAUGUGUUUUUUUUUUUUUUACGAUUUUUGUUUUAACUUUCUCUCAUCAUUAGAAAUUAAUUCAUGUGUAUUACAUACUUUAAUAUGCUUUAUAAUUGACACAGUGAUGGAGCUGGUUGGUCCGAAGUUUCGUGUUGCAGCUGGUGCGGCGUUGAACACCUGCUUCGCAGUGGGUCAAGUAAUAACAGGUCUGCUAGCCUGGGCCGUGCCAAACUGGAGGAACCUCACUCUUGUGCUGUACAUCCCACAGUUCCUCACCAUCUUCUACUACUGGCUCAUCAGCGAGUCUGUACGCUGGUACAUGAGCAAAGGACGCUUUGAUGAGUCCGAAGCAUUACUCAGGGAGGUAGCAAAGGUGAACGGCAAAACAUUAUCAGAGAAGUCUUUAGAAGGGUUACGUCACACAGCACAGGAGAAGUUAAGAAUCAGUGCGUUAGAGGUAGAAAAACGUGGUGGUGAACCAUGGCUUAUCAUGCAGGUUUUCCGACACAAGCCUAUAUUGUUACGCUGCCUUAUAUCACCAAUUUGGUGGAUCACAACCACAUUCAUAUACUAUGGCCUUUCUCUAAACGCCGUGAAUAUGUCUGGCAAUAGAUACUUGAACUAUGUUGCUGUAGCGGCAGUUGAGAUUCCUGGCUUUUGGAUCUCAUAUUUCCUCUUGGAUAAGAUUGGAAGAAAACCAGUAUUGACGGGGUCAUUUUGGUUAUGUGCUGCUUGUCAGACUGCUUACAUUUUUAUACCUGCGGAUAUGUAUGCAGUAUCACUCACAGUAUACCUGAUUGCGAAGUGUUCUAUAGCCAUGGUGGCAACGGCUGUGUACGUGUACACAGCAGAGUUAUAUCCUACGAAAUACCGUCAUAGCUUGUUUGCUUAUUCUUCCAUGAUGGGAAGGAUUGGAUCCAUGGUUGCACCGCUAACACCCGCAUUCGGAUCAGAAUGGUUCGAAGAACUGCCGUUCGUGCUAUUUGGUUCCUUUGCGCUGGUGUCUGGAAUCCUAAUCUUCUUCACACCAGAGACACUUGGUUACACACUACCUGAUACUUUCGAACAGGCUGAUCAACUCGGGAACAAAAAUAAAUCAACGAAUUGAUAGACUGUCCAUUGUGAAAAUCUCGUCUUAAUAUUAUACUGUUAGGUUAUAUUAGUACUUACAAAAUGAAUAAGAUAGCUCUUUGUAGCCACUAAACGUAUUAUGUUUGUUAUAAUGCUGUAAGUGUUUUCUAAUAAAUUGUUAAAUUAGAAUACACAUAAUUAUAAAAUUAGACCUAUUAUAAUCUACCAGUUUCUACCAGAAGUAUAUAAUAAUUUCUACUUCUGCAAACUGGAAAUUCAGUUUAUUGCUUAACAUUAUGAAAUAAAAUAGGUAAUACACAUGUAAUCUUAUUGGUUUUUCUGAGGAAAUUAUACAUAUUUAUUGAUAUAAAGAUACCGGCAACUUUUUAAAGAUUUAAUAAGCGAUUACUUUAUCACUAUUUAUGACACAUUGUUCACAAUUCAUCACAAUGACUAUUCAUUUUUCGUUUAGUACGCAGUUGAAACUGGUUAAAGUAGAUAGGUAUAGUAUGUAUAAUUUAUACGUUAAUAUACUAGUUUUUUGCGAGCUAUUUUAGUCACAAAAACUUUGAGCCUUCUCUAGGCACAAAUUAAAUCAUAUUUCUUGCCCAUAGCAUAACUAAAAAUGUAGCGUUCAAUGGUUGGAUGCGGGCUGCCCAAGAUCAGGAUGAUCGGUAGCCCAUUGAGGGAGACCUCCUUACAGCGGUUGACGGCAAUUGUCUGAUAUGAUGAUGUGUUAUAAGUAAAGGGCUGGAUUUAAAAAGGUUCUAAAAAUAUACGCUGGUAUUAAAAUAUAUUAAGCGUAGAUAAAGUCCUUCUGUAUUAUUUACCGAUUGAUAGACAUGGUGUAACACUUAAGGUUAGCAUAUUCAAGUAACCCGCUAGCUGCACACUGGAGACUAACGAACCUUGCCUACAGCUAAAUUGAUUGACUAACCUUGUGUGCACUUUGACAGCCUUAGAGAUAUGAAUAUGUUUAUACGGAUGAGGUGGGAAUGGUAUAAACAGGUAAAGAUUUUUUAUGUAUGGGUUUAGAUAAAUAGUGGUUAUGAUUAAAUACAGAAAAAUAAUUAUUUUGUACAUAAUCAAAAUAAGCUAAUUAAGUUCACUAUUUGAGUUUCAUUUAAAAGUACAUAAUAAGUAUAAAAUGCCACAUGAGUGUGCUAGAGGUAAGAUUUUUUUGUCUGUCCCUACUCGCGUAGUAGUACCUACUCGAGAAGUAGUACCUACCAAUUAAUAAUAAUCAAUACAUAGUAUAAAACAAA